AUGACAUCCACUGCUGCACCUGCUGACCGUCCCCGCCCUAGGGCCACGUGUCCUGAACCCCAACGGGGUGCCCAAGGUUGUUUUGUGCCACGCUGCGACAUUCAGAUGGGUGGGCAAGGUGGUGACCUCGAAGAUGAGAUUGCAGGCUCCGAUUCGCCUUCUACGACUGGCGACGAAGACGACAUUGAUCAGUUCAGCAACCGUCAAACACUUCAACCCCCGACCAUGAAUGUGGUGGAUGAUGACCCCACUGAGGGCGCUCGGGACGGUGGGGCGUUCUCCACUCAGGUUGGCACAGCUACCCUUUCUGCGAAACCUACCGGCUCGGCGCUGUCUGAUUCUCCCCCUGGCACUAUCCGAGGUCCAACAUCGAGUGGUUCCAGGCGCAUACAACCGGCUCUCGCUCGUUCUGUCGGUAGUCCCUCUGUCUCUCCACCUCGCUUCUCCCGCCUGGAGAAAGCGAAGGGCAAGGAGCUCCCCACACAUACCAACCUGCUGGUUGCGCAAUUGCACAGAGGUAUGCCCCCCACAGGGAUUCCGACGUCUGCUGACCCGCUCACUGCUGAAAAUGGUCGGCUUCACGAAGCUUCCGGUGCUGACCCCUGCCUGGAUCGCAUCUUGCACGAUCAGAGAACGGUGAACCCGCACACCAAGACCUGUUUGGAGCCCGCUCCUGAGCUCGUCGUGGAUUCGAAUAAGCGUCACAGACGCAGACGUCGCAAGCGUUCACCUUCGAGCUCGUCCUCUUCCUCAAAUUCCUCUGACAGCGAGUCCGAUACCAGUCCAAGAUCGAAGAAGCUGAAGCUAGCGAUCCUAGAUCCGCUUACGGCGCAAACAGUUGUUCUGCCCUCAUCUGGGAUGAGUCACAUCCACAUAGCCGUGGUCCACUGCUUGUCCAGCGGAUGGUCGUGGCCGAUUUCCCUCUGCCUUUUUGCUCCUGCAUUCAAGGGGAAGCUCGCCAAUCCCUCAGGCUCUGAUACGAAGUCAUUAUUCAAGCAGCUGAACAGUUUUCCCAUCAGCAGCCUCAAUCGUGGGGAUUUCCACGAUGUUGCACUUCAUUUCCCCAAUGCUGUUGAGCGUUACUUCAUUCCCAGAGACGGUCGCAGCACUGGGUCGACUCUUGCUCUUAACCUCGCAAAGAUGUUUCGGGGUCUGUUCGAUCUUCUACGUUCACGCCCGGACUUCACUGAGUUCUUUGACACCUACAAAGAAUAUCUGCAGGCCGCCAUGGACCAGUGGUAUGUGAGGCGCUCCAGUGAGGCAAUCAGGUUGGAUAUUUGGGACGACAGCCUAUGGGCGACGGUCCAGGACAGGCGUCCUCUAGCUCUGUUUUCCUUGGGAUCCUUUCAGACCUCAUCCAUUGCACCCCCGGUGUACAAAUCUUCGGCGUCCGCUCCCCUACGUGGCAAAACCCCGUAUUUCUGCUGGAUCGGAGGCUCUCGAUGCACCCAUGACUUUGGGUGA